AUGGCGGUCUCUGCAGAGCUGGUUACCGGCGUCGCCCUUUGGCUGCUGCUCAAUCUCCUCGUUCCCCUGCUCGUCAAGUGCGCGGAACUCUCUCUCCGCUCAUCCCCCCUGCACUGGCGCUGGCUUCGGGGGGGCGGGAGGAGGGGGAGCCUCAAGCGGAAGCGCCGGGCAAGGGGAGGCGAAUGUGAUAGUAAGGGGGGAGAAAAUACCCGAAGCGAAUGUGCUAAUAAAGGGGUUGGCGUGGGCUUGGAUAGCAGCGUAGAGGAGGAUGGGGGGGAAAGUGGGGGGAGAAGGGGAGGGGCGGAUGGAGAGAUGAGGGGGAGUAAGGGAGAGGCAGGGGGAAACGAUGGGAGAGCACAGGGCGAAAGGGAGCAAGAAGAGGUUACCCUCACAAGUGGUGUUACAUCCAGUAUGGGGUACAUUCAGGUCCACACCACGUGCUUCAACCCCUGGCUGGAGCGCCUUCGCAUGCUGCCUGCCAAGUCACCUGCCAAGAGGUUCUACUAUGGGAUGGCCUCAGAAGGGGUGCGAGUGCAGCACGUGGCAUGCUUCCUCCUCGUCCUGCUGCUCCCUCAUCCCGUCCAAUCUUGUACUUACCUUCCCCUCUUUUGUCCCUUCCCCAUACCCUCCUUAACCACAAGGAGGGUGUGCGAGUGCAGCACGUGGCAUGCUUCCUCCUCGCUCUGCUGCUCCCCGGAGCACACGUCGCGUUCCACCCCUCUUGCAGUUCAACGUGUGGCUAGCUUUCCCAUUCUCUCCUCCCCCCUUGCUCCGCUCCCCAUCCAGAGAGGGAGUGCGAGUGCAGCACGUGGCAUGCUUCCUCCUCGCUCUGCUGCUCCCCAAGCACACGUGGCCUUCCAUCCCGCCGACUUCCACGCCCUCCCUCCCUUUCGCCUGCUGCGAAUCCUCUCUGCCGGCAUAUGGCACAACAUGGUGGUGAGUGCUGGCAUAUGGCACAACAUGGUGGUGAGUGCUGGAUGGCUAUCCUUUCAGCCUCACGUCACAUCAUUGUGCCUCACAUCUGCUCCCUCCUGCGAGCACAUGUGGCCUUCCAUCCCAUCUUCUCUCUGCCUGCCUCCUGCCCGCCUGCUGAGAGUGCUUUCCGCCGGCACAGUGGCGCAACAUAGUGGUGAGUCUUGUGCAUUGAGUGUCGAAGUAGAACAGGUGGGCUGCGGAGGCGCAACAGUGGCGCAACAUAGUGGUGAGUCUUGUGCAUUGAGUGUCGAAGUAGAACAGGUGGGCUGCGGAGGCGCAACAGUGGCGCAACAUAGUGGUGAGUCUUGUGCAUUUCUGCAUGGCUUGGCACCACCCUCUCUUGUUUCCUCUCUUGUGAGUCUUCCAACCUUUUCACUUCCACUCCCUGCCUUCCCCUUGCCUGCUGAGAGUGCUUUCCGUCACCAGCUGGCGCAACAUAGUGCUGUCUCUGCUGCUCCUCUCCUCUCCCCCUUUCUCCAAACCGCGCUCUUCCUUCCUCUCUACCCCAUCUUAUCCACCCUGUUCCCAUCUUUCCCUACCCAUCUGAUCUGGCCCCACUCCCACCUAUGCAGCUGUCUCUGCUCGCUCUGCUGCUCCUAUCCUCUCCCCUCCAAGCGGUCCUCUUCCUUCCCCUCUACUCCCAGUCACCACCAGGCCUUAAGUCCCCCCCCAGGCCUCAAGGUUACAUCCGUGCAUCCGCUCUCCCCUCUCUUCAGUCACAUUCGCCCAGGAGACUCCUUACUAGUACUUGACCACACUCCGCUUUCCUCUCCUGCCGACUACACUCACCUCCUCUCCCAUCUCUCCCACCUCUCCCACGUCUCCUACCCUCUGCCUCCUUCGAUCCCUCCCUCACCUCCUUCCCGUGGGUAUUGCAUUUCCCUCUCGGCCAAUCACAAGCUGCCACCUGGAUUCCUGACUCCUCCAGCCUUUCCAGCCAAUGCUGGCGAUGCGGAACCUUCCUUGCCGAUUCCUGGCAGUGAACCGCACCAAGAGGAAGCUUCCGUUCAGUUUCCUGGUGAUGGAUCGCAGAACCAAGAAGAAGCUUCUCAGAUGGGAUCCGUCUGCAUGGCCCCAGUCCUUCCUCAUCACCAUCUGCUGCUCCUAGUGCAGUUUCAGCCCUCCCCCUACUCACCCUCCUCCUCCUCCACCUCUUCCUCCUUUUCCAGCUCCUCUCCUUCCUCCUCCACUUCCUCCACUCCCUCCUCUCUAGAGUUUGUGGGAACCAUUGAGUCCUUUGCACAGGGCCUCUCUCUUUCUCCGUGGCAUCCUCGCACACUCACUCUCCCUCUCACACUGCCUAACUUUGCACUGGAACACCGAAAAUUAUUUUCUUCCUUGAUGGAGAGGCCGUUCUCUCAGACUUCCUCCGCCUGGUUCUCCCUUUUCCCUCGCAUCCUCUCUCCUCCCAUCCUCUCUCCUCCCAUCAUCUGCACCUCCGUCACCAACAGCAAAUCAUUCGCCACCAUCGUAUCCUCACGAGUGUCCUUUAUGGGGGCUCUUUCCUACUUUUCGUCUCCCUGGCUUCAUCUAUAA